AUGCAAGAACAAACACAGCCAAAAUGGGAAGGCAGAACCUCUGCUGACCUAAAAGGUCCAGCAGCUGAGCAAGUUUGGCCUCUCUUGGCUGAUUUCUGCAACCUACACAAGUGGUUCCCCAAACUUGAGACAUCUUAUCAAGUCGGGGGAGUUCUUGGGCAGCCGGGUCUGAUCCGGUACUGCGCAACUCCCCCUGCUGAUCCCGAUGAUCAGACGACCAUCAAGUGGGUCAAGGAGAAGCUACUGAUGAUAGAUCCAAUCAAACGGUGUUUGAGCUAUGAGAUCCUUGAAAACAACAUGGGAUUUCACUCAUAUGUUGGUACCAUGCAAGUAGUGCCCAUAAACGACAUUCAUCAUGAUGUCGUUCUUGGGUGCAAGAUCGAGUGGUGGGUUGUUUGUGAUCCGGUUGAUGGAUGGAGGUUGGAAAACCUUCUUGAUUUUCUUGAGUCUUCUCUCCCGUUGGUAGCAAAAACAAUGGAGCGUGCUCUUCUUUCUACUAGCUGA